AUUUUCUCACACUCUGGCAUUUUCCAACACAGCCUUUACGAGAUAACAACCGUACUGCAGCCUAACAUUUAAGAAUUCUACAUUGAUCACAUGUGAAACAUAUGGAAUACAUCCGCCGAGAACAAUACUUUUAACUCAUAUAUUUUGUAGUUCAGUAAAUAAGUUAUAGUUUUGGAUGAAAAUGAGUUUGCGUGGAGUGGCGUGUUGCCUGCUGAGUUACCUGGUGCUGGUGGAGGCCAUGUUUAUGGACCUGGGAGAACAGGAGGAGAGAUGCAUAAUAGAGGACAUCCCUGAAGGCACGCUGGUGACAGGGUACUUCCUCCUAGAGCCUUGGGAUCUGAAGCAGAGUUCAGGUCUACCUCAAAUGGGUAUGACCACCACGGUGCGAGACCCUGGCAAUGAGGUGUUGAUGACCAAGCGUUACGGGAAACACGGUAAAUUCACCUUCACCUCUCAUGCCAGUGGACAGCACCUGCUCUGCUUCCAAACCAACUCUACCAGCUUCUCUGUCUUUGCUAAGGAAAAGCUGAAACUGCAUUUGGAUGUUCAGAUGGGAGAACAUCCCAUUGAGAGAGGCUCAGAGAAGACCAAGGAAAACCUGCACACUAUGGAGGAGUCUCUGAAUCAUAUGAUUGACCAGAUGAUGUACAUCACCAGGCAGCAAGACCAACAAAGGGAGAGAGAAGAGGUAUUUCGUCAAAACAGCGAGGACACCAACCGUAGCGUGCUGUGGUGGUCUGUGGUGCAGACAACCAUCCUUCUCUCUGUGGGCUUCUGGCAAAUGAACAGACUCAAAGACUUCUUCAUAGAAAAGAAGCUCAUCUGAUCAAGUCCUUUAAUAUUAUUAGGAUCGCACAUGUUGAUUUUUAUGCUUGAUGAGCAUAAACUGUUGGAAUUAAUAAAUACGAUUUUCUUUUUGCAUUAUAAUGACCUAUUAUUAAAAAUAUAUAGGCCUAUCAUUUAUAAUUAACAUUUGUAUGUGAACAACAAAAAUAUGUAUACAUGUUUGCAUCAUGUUAUAGGGUAAAAACAAUAAAAAUUA